AAAGAACUUCUCCUUGUCGAUCAUCGAUCGUGACAGGCCAUGACGACUCCCAUUCCACCUAACCCUCCCAGAUGGACACCAGCAGCGGACCCUGCGUCCAUCAUCGUCCCAGGGCUCGACACGAGCGCGCCUGUCAACGACCAGGUUGACCAGAUUGAACAGCUCAUAACCAUUAAGCUAGAGAAUAUAGAUGCAAAUUUCUCCAAGAUACAGAACAUACUGGCAAAUAGGCUUCUGCCAGCCGUAAAGCGUUACGCUGUCAGCACGGAGCCCGUACGCGAAGCAGCGAAGUUCUGGACGUCUUUCUAUGAACAAGCCGCCCAGAUCCACAUACCAACAGCCGAGGACGACCAUCAUGCGAACGAGACGCAAUCGCAGACAUCUCUCGCCGAAAACUCUUCGUCUGCAUACUCUGAUGCGGAAUCGACUCCAAAUCGGCCUGAACCAAGUGUUCAGUCUUCUCACAGUGUCAACCCAGGCAAUCAAACGUACGAUGCUACUGUGUCGGAGAGCUCGUUUAUGCCUGCGAACGCCAUCUCGUCCACGCCCGCCCGUGGCGUGCAUGUUCAGGACCGAACUGCAGACGAUCAGCCAUCUUGGAGUUCCUCUCUCGAGUCGCCACUUGUGCGUCUUGAUCGUGAGUUGCAAAGCUUCACUCGCGAAGAAGAGGAAGAAGCCACCGCUCGUCAAGACAUUACUUCUACUCAGGACAGCUUUGCGUAUGAGGAAGAGGAUACUGUCCAGCAGAACGUGGACAACAAGGGGAAGAACAAAGAACCUUCCACAACAAUUCCUCGAGGUAUACUCAAGAAUCCAUCUAGCGCGAUGCCAACACCUCGCGUCAGAACCAUGGGUACACAUGUAUCUCCGCUCAAAGUUAAACCAAAGACACCAGUCGCCAUCCCAAAAUACCUCCAGCCAUAUGUUGCCCCUGAAACGCAGCCUGAGCCCGCAAUACCGUCUCCAAGACGGCCGGCAUACCAACGGUCUCCGCAUAAACCUCAGCCUCAACUGCCAGCGUCCUCAUCCACGUCGUCUUCAACUCUUGAUAUCCCGUCUCUUACGAAGCACUCCUCCGAAGCAGUCGGGAAAAAGCCAUUUGAGGACUUCGACGACUCGUUCGACGAUUCUAUGGAACUCAUGCAUGGCAUGUCUCCCCCGCGGACACUGGCAUUCGCGAGGGCGCCUCGAUCCAGUAUUGGCCUUGGACUUCUACCUCCUGGGCGUACCCCAGGCAAAAGCAAUCUCCCCACAUUGGGCAGGACCCCUAUGAAGGAAGCAGCAGACCGCAUUCGGCGGGACUUACUUGGAGAUGUCCAAGGUCACCUCGCUUCUACGAGAAGUGCGGCGACUUUCGAAAGGUCGCAAGCUUAUGGAUAUGGAUCCUCUAUGGUCAAAGAUGACACAAUGAGUACUAUCCCAACGCCGCCUUCGCUUUCACGGUACACCCGUCACGCGUAUCCACUUGGUAACGACACUAACGAAACUGACACAAGCCUGGACACGAUGAUGCGUCGUGUGGGGCUGAGCAUGCCAGAGUCAAGGACACGGGAUUCCGAGUCCUCUGGCACGGGCAUAUUCGUCCAACGUGAUGCUGAAGCAGGGUUGCUUGCGCCCCCUGUCGUCCAACACGACAUACACACACCGGAGCAGCAAGCGUCAGACGUCUUCCACCUUCACGAAGAUGAGCAAUCCGUGAUCGGCUUGGGCAGUCGGACCCAAUCUCGCGCUGAUUCAGACUCAGAUUCGGAUUCUCUUGGUGAUGAGCCUGCUCGGCCCUCGGCGGCAUUCCUCAUGGCUUCCGCCCGGGAUGCUGACCCGGACGACUCUUUUGCUUCCUCCAGUUCAAACCGUUCCAGCGACUCGCUUGGUGCCGAGGAAUAUGGCGGGGAAGAAGUGGCUGGAGCACCUAUUCAUCCGUUUGCACGCGUCGUUGAUGCAGGAGAAGGAGACGGAUUCGAUGAGGAUAGCUUCGAUUCAGUGGAUGGAGAACUUGGAGAUGUCGUUGAGGAAGAGACGGUGUUUGGAGUCCCACCUGCGCAACGACAGCAAGGUCGGAAGUCUCACGGAGAGCUGAAGAUGUUAGGGGAGGACUUGCUUCAGGAUACCAUUGGUAUUGGGAGCCAGCUUUCCAAGGUUGGUAUGGUUGAGGAGAGCCCGACACCUUUUGGGCGAAACUGAGCGUCAUUCGCAACCAAUAUGACAUGCUUUGCGCUACUCAUGUUAUGUGCACGAUUUGUGUCUCCGACCAGUGAUGAUGCUCGCGGCGUUUGCGUGAGAUGGGAUAGUGAUA